AUGGAUUUACCUUCCUUACUGAAAACAGCACCUUGCAUCAAGGUCAAGAUGUUCGCUGAUGAUAUCAAAACCUAUGGAAUCUACGACCUUUCCAACUAUGAUGAAGUUCGCCAAGCGCUUGAAUUGUCCAUCAAGCGAAUGCUGGACUGGUCAAAAAUGUGGGAUCUUCCCAUUAACCUUGACAAAUGCUCUGUUAUGCGAACGGAAGGGAGGAAGGAGCUAAUAACGGCUACACAUCAUAAACUAAGGAACAUACCAUCAGAAAAGACGAUCGAGAAUCUCAGCGGAAAUUUACUGCGACCGUCCUCAAUGACUUCUUUACUCCGUACUUUAUUCAAUCCAUAUGAGAAAGAAGCCACAAAAGGGCAAGAGGAUGCAAUUUUUGAGUUGUUCAAGAUUCCUGGCAAGAACGAAGCAUCCAUUGGAAGAUUACUUACGGUCCUCAAGUCAUUUGGACUGCGAGUUGACGAUCCGAGGCUCAAGCCAAUGAUGAGAAGACUAAAACAAAUCGAGAAGCAAGAAGAAGCCAAAAUGAACGAAGCUGUUGAGCCAGAGCAUUGGAAACUCGGCAGAGAACAUUUCAAAGAGUGCGUAGCUCACAGCGUGGAUCUCAUCGCACAAGCACUACGUAAUAACCUUGUUAUUCCAUCUUGGCACACAUUUAUUGAUGAAAUCCGGAUUAUCUAUCAAGAGUGCGCCGAAAUUAGUGAUGGUAACGUGGCAUCGUAUAUUCCUCAACUUGCAAGACAAUCACCACAUUAUUGGGGAGUUUCGAUUUGUACCGUAGACGGACAGAGAGCAUCCUUCGGUGAUGCUAAAACACCGUUCUGCGUGCAGUCCGUUUCAAAAGCAUUCAAUUACGCUAUAGCCGCUUCGGAUCUUGGAGCUGCUUAUGUGCACACAUACGUGGGAGAAGUAACGAGUGGGCGCCUUUUUAACGAGAUUUGUUUCGAUAGCAGAAACAAAAAUUCUGGAGCUAUCAUAGUCACUUCUCUUAUCAAAAAUACAAUAGACAUGGUUGAUCGAUUUGACUACGUAAUUACGCAAUAUCGAAAGAUUGCUGGAGGAGAAUACAUUGGGUUCAACAAUGCCACAUUUUUGUCGGAAAGAGCUACCGCUGAUCGGAACUAUGCGAUCUCCUAUUACAUGAAAGAGAAGAAGUGUUUUCCGCCAGAGACAACAUCUCUAACGGAUGCUCUCGAUUUCUACUUCCAGCUAUGCUCAGUAGAAGGCAACUGCGAAUCUCUAAGUGUUAUGGCCGCAACGCUCGCAAAUGGAGGAAUCUGCCCAAUCACUGAGGAAAAAUGCAUUAAUCCCAAUGCAUGCAGAGAUGUACUGACGUUAAUGUAUAGUUGCGGAAUGUAUGACGCAUCUGGGCAGUUUUCGUUUGCGGUUGGCCUCCCAACAAAGUCUGGAGUAUCAGGAGUAAUGAUUGUUGUCGUACCAAAUGUCAUGGGUAUUGCGCUGUUUUCUCCUCCGUUGGAUGCGCUUGGCAACAGUUGCAGAGGAGUCGCAUUUUGCAAAAAACUGAUAGCAAAAUUCAAUUUCCACAACUACGAUUCCUUACUGCACGCCACAUCUCAUAAAGUGGACCCAAAGCGAAGAGAUAAGGAGCGCAAUCUGCUGCUCCGGCCCUCUAUGUGGCUCGAUCUAAAGAUAUGGUUGCGCUUAGGAGGUUUACUGAGAAGUACGUCGGAAAUUUGCCGCCUAUUGUUCACUUCUAGAGAACGACGAAAAAGUCAGAAGAAAUUUUACGUGUGA